CCUCCGUGUAUAAAUUACUGGUCACAUUAACUCAUAUUUUUCGCAUACAGUUGCAUUUAGAUCAAAUACAAAACUACAAAAGACCCCAAAAAAGCAUGAAUCCUCCUAUGUUUUACUUCCUUUUUGCCUUAACAACAGUUUUGGCCGCCACUAUCGCAAACGCACAACCUGUUCUCGACACCGAUGGAGACAUCAUAUUUGGCGGAAGUUACUAUGUUCUUCCCGUCAUCCGCGGCCAGGGGGGCGGCCUGACUCUCGCCGGCCGUGGUGAUCAGCCAUGUCCUCUCGACAUCGUGCAGGAAUCAUCCGAGGUUGACGAGGGCAUUCCCGUAAAAUUCUCAAACUGGAGGUCUAAAGUUGGGUUCGUUCCCGAAUCCGCGAACCUCAACAUCGAGACGGAAGUCGCAGCCACGAUAUGCGUCCAGUCAGCCUACUGGUGGGUUGAUGAGAAUGCGAAGUUUCGCGUGACGGCUGGACCGAAGCCAGACGAACUCGUAAAAGAGUCGUACCUGAGUUUCUUCCAGAUCCAGAAUGUUUACGACCAUUUUUACCAGUUUGCUUUCUGUCCUACUGGUCCUAAAAGUUGCUCCGAUGUCGGGGUCUUUGUGGAUGAAAAUGGCGUUCGACGUUUGGCUUUAACCAAGAGGGCUGACAAUACGCCAUUCUUGGUUAUGUUCAAAAAAGCAAAUGUGCCAGAGAACUCGUCCAAGAUUAUGUCUAUUAUUUGAGAGAAAAGAUUACUAAAUGAAAGACAAUAAUAACAGUCAUAACUUUAUGAGACUGCUAAUAAAAAAAAAGGGACUCUCAAUAUGUGUUUCUCUUUGUUCAUCAAAUUUGGAAUAAAACAUAUUUCCUA